AUGCGUCGGCGCGAGACUUUUCUUGAGCGUGUUGAUGCUCGUAUUGAAGUUGAACUAAGGCUAACACAAUCAACGGCAGGUUCUGAUCGAGGCGAACUACAAUUUUUAGUUGCUAAAAGUUUCCGCUGCCUUUUUCGACCAUCGGUGCAGCGAUCUGAAGGUAGUGGCAUUGCGGAUGGUUUGGCACUAGUAAAUGUCUCAGCAAGUCUAGAAACAGCUGCACGGCGAGGUCUGGCGGUAGUCGCAGUGGUGUUAGAGGCUGGAGUAGGAGUCGCACAGGCUAAACCACGCAAUCUGCCUAAAUGUGUUCGUGUUGAAUCAAGUGGCGUUGAUUCCUGA